AUGGAGUAUUAUUCCGAUGAACCGUUCAGGAAUUCACCAACAAGAAUUUGUUUUGCAACUUAUGAGCAAAUGGAAUUGUAUAAACAGUUCCCUGAAGUUGUUGGUAUCGAUUCGACGUAUAAUACAAAUAAAGGGAAGUAUUCUUCGUUCCAAUUACUUGUGACGGAUAAUUUUGGUCGCGGACGACCAGUUUUAUUUGCGUGGACUAGAAAAGAAUUCAAACGGGAUGUAGUUUGGAUAUUAGACUGUUUUCGUCGAAUAAUGGAAGAUACCUCCAAAACAGAAACUUUCAUUAUGGAUUGUGCGCAAGCUGAAAUAGCAGCCGUCAAGUUAACGCACAGAGAAACGCACAUUGUUUUGUGUUCUUUCAUUGUUUGCCGAGCAUUCUGUCGUAAAGU